CGUCGGUAUGAUACAACAAUCUGAGCUGCCCUAUCAUUUGCAUCUUUGGCGUCGCCGCAGUGAACAUCAAGCUGAGAUUUUGCUUAAACGGUAUACUUCUUGCUGAAGACAUAGAUUCCAUUCGUUGAUCUCUGUGCUGUCCGAAGCUUGUGCUUUCAAAUACGUAAGGAUGUCUUUUCCAGUAGAAUAUGUGAGAGCUGGGUACGAAGCAGCUUCGAAGACUUUUGACCCCAAUGCCUUGAGCGUGGACGUAUCGGGCAAGUCUUACAUGAUUACGGGAGCGAACACUGGAAUCGGAAAAGUCGCUACCAUGGCAAUUGCAAAACGAGGCGGCACUGUCCACAUGCUGUGUCAGUUUCCAGAUGACGAUACACGCAAGGAGAUCAUGGAAGCCAGUGGGAACAAGAAUGUGUAUAUUCACGUGCUAGACUUGUCUCAGUCCCAACGCGUGUAUCAAUUUGCUAAACAGUUUGCAGAGAGCCACGACUCGCUGGAUUGUUUGAUUAACUGUGCUGGCUGUAUACUGGAGACACGUCAAGUGACAGACGACGGGCUGGAACUCUGUUUUGCCGUCAACACGAUGGGACCCUACAUCCUCACAACCACGCUUCUCCCUCUCCUUACUAAGACCGAAGGUGCAAGAGUUGUUUCUGUUUCAUCCGCAGCUGCUUAUUUUUACGGCACGGGCGAUUUCUCAGACCUCCAAUGCGCACGGAUGGAACCGUACACGAAGUUAGCCUGCUAUGGACAAACCAAGCGCCAAGUCCUCAUCAUGACGGAGAUGUGGGCCCGGGCGUACCCCUCGGUUCACUUCUCGGCCAUGCAUCCCGGGGUCACCGUGACAGCGUUAAUGCAGUCCACCAUGCCCACGAUGUAUGAGCAGACAAAGAAUGGCAUCGCUCGGACACCGGAGCAAGGGGCAGACACGAUGGUAUGGCUGGCUAUCGCCGAGGCUGUAAAACACCAAGCCAACGGACAGUACUAUCUGGAUCGGAAGGCGACGCCCCGAUAUCUGCCCAACAAAGCUCCACAAUGCACAGAGAAUGAGAUGCAAACACUCAUGGACAGCCUGGAAAAAAUAGCAGCGGACAUCAGGGGUAAAGCUCAGUAAAGGCGUCAAAUGUCAACAGGUCAGACACACGACCAGAGCAUGAUGUGGUCAUGAUCUGGGUCAUUAAGUUUGAAGCUAUUACAUCCCUAAGUAUGUAGCUAGAAUGAUCCCAAUGACAGAAGCAUCUCAACUAUAGUUAGGAUUGCAGACCAUCAAAUAAACCGCCACAGACCUUAGUGAUGGAAACCCUCACUUCUCAAGAUCUUAAAAAUACUCACCAAGGUGUUUCAGACACCCAUCCAAUCAAAGCUUAUUUCAUCAGCGUUCAUUUUCUGUUCAAUUUUUGGGAGCAAUCCGAUGACUUCUGGGAGAAAAUUGUAUCCAAAAAUGAUCUCUCCUAAAAGAAGUCAGGAAGCCUAUUGCCAUUUUGAAGACUAAUGUCAACUCUCCAUUGCAAAAUAGAGCAACUUUAGGGCCUUAUUUCAUCAAACUUUCGCAGAAAUGCAAUGUCGCAGUCACGAUCCUUCUUUUUUACACAAAAACCCUCAAGUUAAUGAUCCAACAAAAUGCCCUAAUAGCAAACAAAUUAAGGGCAUACAAAUCGUGAUUCUGUAGCCAAUUUUAGGCCUAUUUACUGGCCUGCAUCCUUAAUAAGGAAUUCCCCAACUAUUGUUGGAACCAUCCCAAUUACAGUUUGGGAUCACUACCAUAGUUGGGGCAUAAAGCUAUUGGACCUGAGACAUUUUGACUCAUAUGAUUUGAGGCCUGAGCAUUUGUAGCAGUUAGUCAAUUUUUGGGAAAUAGAAAGCUAUAAAAUGUAGUUAAGUUGGUAACAAUGAGAAUAGUUUUCCAUUAGAAGUUGGUGUAAAACCAAGAGGACGAACAGUGUUAUAUGAUUUAAAUAAUCGUACACGUUUAAAAAAAAAAUCCCAGUUUAAAAUAUUUUAUUCUAUAAAAAGGAGAGACAGAAGCUUAACAAAAUACUAGUACUUUUGGGAAAAUCUUUGUGACCGCAAUGUAGGAUUUCUUUAGGGUAACUCAAUGGUUGUUAGCAAACUAAGGCAAAGAUAAUGUAGUAAUGCUGAAAAAAAAUCAUAAAUAAACAAUUUCAAAAUGUUGAUGAUGUCUGCAGACAGUGUGCAGCAAGUAUAAGAUGAGUACCAUUUUUCUCUCACAAAAUGUAGCAAAAAUACAAGGCAGGUUUUGCAUAGAUCCAGGGUUUGGAAGACUGGGAUAUUUUAUGUAAUUUCUUUACAAAAACUAGUUCUAAUCUAUGUUAAUAGUACAGGCAGUAGUCUAUAUACAAAUGUAAUCAAUACAAUAUAAUGAAACUUGUGAAACAUUAGCACCAUGGAUUAUAAAACCAAUCAUUAAUUGAUCGGUGUUUCUCUACACAACAAACGGAAAUUGUUGAAUUAUUCCUUUCCAUGCACCCAAAAAUUACUUAUGUAUUAUGUCUGACACGAUUGAAAAUCAGUCUGGUUUGCAGUUCCCAACAAUAAAAUUAAAACCAACUUUUUAAACAUCUGAUGAAAAUAUAAGUACUGGAUAUAUAACAGUCAAAUAUUAAUCACUAAUAAUAUUGUUAAUAUCAC